AUGGCUUCCAAAGACCCGCCGGUGUGUCAGAUCUUCUCUUUCCAGGACUCUAAAACCUCCCCGGAUCCGAUCUUUGAGCUGCCGGCCCACUGCCUGACCCCCGCAGCCUCUCCUAUAGUCAUCGAUAACGGCUCCUUUCAGACUCGGGCCGGCUGGGCGUCUUCGGCUUCAGGUCUGGACUCUCCGCAGCUUCUCUUUAGGUCUGUGGCGGCUCGCAGCAGAGGGGCCGCCCGCAGCGAGACCCAGAUCGGAAACGACAUCCCGAACCUUGAGCCGCUGCGGUGGCUGCUCAAGAGCCAGUUCGACAGAAACGUGGUGGUGAACUUCGAGAUCCAGGAGCUCAUCUUGGACUAUGUGUUCACUCAUCUGGGGCUCAGCUCGGAGGGCUGUGUGGAGCACCCCAUCCUGAUGACAGAGGCACCCUGCAACCCGCUGCACUGCCGCCAGAUGAUGUCUGAGCUCCUCUUUGAAUGCUACCGCGUCCCCUUUGUUUCUUAUGGUGUGGACGGUCUGUACAGUUUCUACCACAACAACAACCAGAGAAACCUGCAGCCGCCACACAGCGGCAUCAUUCUGUCCUCUGGGUACCACUGCUCUCACAUCCUGCCUGUCAUCCACGGCAGGUUUGACGCUGUGAACUGUAAGCGUGUGAAUGUGGCUGGGAGUCAGGCAGCCUCCUACCUGCAGCGCCUCCUGCAGCUGAAAUAUCCUGGUCACCUCGCUGCCAUCACUCUCAGCCGCAUGGAGGAGCUGCUGCAUGAGCACAGCUACACCGCCGUAGAUUAUCAUGAAGAGCUGGAAAAGUGGCGUUGCCCAGAGUUUUAUGAGCGGGAAGUUCACCGUAUGCAGCUCCCCUUCUCUGGGAAGGUGCCCGGGGGCUCUGUAAGUGUGGAGGAGCGGCAAGAGAGGCGCGCUCAGCAGCUGCGAAGACUUCAGGAGAUCAACUCUCGGCGGCGGGAAGAGAAGCUGCAGCAGGAUCAAGAGAGGCUGGACAGACUUUUGGCUGUUCAAGAGCUGUUGGAGGAUGGCUUAUUGGAUCAGUUUCACAAAAGCCUGAUGGAGCUCAACAUGGAUUCAGCCGAAGAGCUGCAGUCCUACAUCAACAAGCUGCAGCUGGCGGUGGAGCAGGGGAGGCUGAAGCUGCUGCAGAGCGACGGAGCAGAUGGGAAGAUGGAGGUGUCGGAGUUAGAGCAGCACAUGGAGGAAGGAGACGGAGUGGGACAGAUGGAUUCAGACUUCCCAGAGGAUCCACUGUCAGAAAAAUCUGCCAGUGUUGUUCAGCCUGCCUUCAACAUGGCGGAGUACCACCAGCUUUUUGUGGGGACGGAGCGGCUGCGCUGUCCUGAGAUUCUGUUCCAGCCUUCUCUGAUUGGAGAGGAUCAGAUGGGACUGAUGGAGACACUGCAAUAUGUCCUGGCGAGGUACACGCCUGAGCAGCAGGAGGCGAUGGUGAGCAAUGUGUUUCUGACUGGUGGGAACAUGCAGUACCCUGGCAUGAAGGAGAGGGUGGAGAGGGAGCUGCUGGCACUCAGGCCCUUCCAGUCACAUUUCAAGGUAACCAUGGCAACCCGGCCAAGCUUAGACGCAUGGUACGGAGCACGGGACUGGGCGUUGGAGCAUCCAGCAGCAGCGGGAGCAGAAGGAUGGAUCAGCAGGCAGGACUACGAAGAGAAAGGCGGUGAAUAUCUGAGCGAACACUGCGCCUCUAAUGUCUUCGUUCCCCUGAAGAUCGCCAAACCGGUACCUGCUCGUCCCACCGAGCCGCCUUUGGCUUCUCAGACGCCGACAGGAGCAUCUGCAGCUGUAGCAACAGUCACAUCUGCUCCAUCCUCAUCCACAGAUGCUGUUGACAUCACCAUGGUCGCCUCUUGAAAUACUGAGGUUAUUCAGGACUGAAGUGAGACUUUCCUCCUCAGGAUGUAAAUUCAUCCACGUCUGUAGGAAUUCUGGUCAAAACCUUUCAUAUUGAUAGGUGACCACAUUUUGAGGUCUUGUGAAAACAUUUUUUUCUGUUUUUGUAAAUAAAAAUACAUUGUUUUGUAAGAUCCUGUUGAUACAGAUAUUUUUUUUAAAUAAAGU